CAAUAGAGCUUUUAAAUAUGUACAUAUUGGCCUUAAAACUGCUGUUGUACACAGUCUGUUCAAUCCAUUUGCUUAUUUGUUGAUUAUAUUAUCAUUUGCUUCCUUUGUAUUUUUGAUAGGUUCUGUAUUAUGCAUUGUAGUAUAAAUAGAUAGCUAUUAAGUGUAUCUGCUGUAUAGACUGUCUCUUCAUACUUUUAAUUAUAACCAUUUACCUGGGUGUUUCUCAUUUUACCUAGUACUAUUUGUCUGGUUCUGCUCUGGUUUCAAGUGUUUCCCUUUGUGUUACUCUGCAGGAUUCACUGUUUUAGAUCAUACACGAAGGCUGAUGAUUCAUUAUAUGGUAGGAGAGAUUUGAACCCACGUUCAUGUUUUUAUAUUGGGAUAGAUACUUUUCCCAGUGCCACUAUUUGAAGAGGUUUCUAGCCUGCAACACAUUUGUGGUAUUUUGGUAACGUUCAAGUGGUCACUGCUAUUGGGCAGGUUCUGGAUCUGUUGCUCUAUUGCAUUGCUCUGAUCUGGAAUCACACUGGGGUAGCUUGAGCAUUGUAACAUUUUCUUGGGGCUGCUCUGUACCCAGGGAAUUUAUGUCAAUAUAAAUUCUAGGUUUCUCUUUACUGUUUCUGUGAAGGUUAUUGUGGGGAGUUUAAAUGUCAUGAGGUUUGAACUGAUGAUAUAAACCGUUUACCUCUGGGAGGCAACCACGGACAACAGCAAUAGCCUAAGAUGUUUGAGAGUCUCUUGGACAGCUGUGACCAUCAACUUCAAAGUGGGGUUCUGACACCUGGUCUUGGUCAUUUUGUUAAAAAAUCCGUGGCUCUUGUGGGGAGCAUCAUCAGGCCAGAUGGGAAAUUUUCAUUUACACUCUAAAUAUAUGUGCACAGUCAGACUUAUAUGUAUUGUAGGCAUUUUUCCUAGAUGGAUAAUAUUUAAGGAAUAGUUGGAUUCCUUUUGACUGUGUAGAAAUCCUUUCCCUCCUUCUGUGUUUAUAUCUGUCCCUUCUCCAUAAUUAAAUCCCUCCCUGUAUUUCCAUUUCUCCCUUCAGAUCUCUUGCUCCCUAUUACUCCUGUCUCUCUUACCCACCCACACUCUACAAUACUCUCUUUUUACUUUUCUGGUUGCUGCAGUUACUCCAGGUCGUGGACUCACAUCUGAAGAUUUGGACCCAGGAACUUCCUAUGAGAGAGAUAAUGAAUGCAUUGUGUGUCUUUCUGUGUCUGUGUUACCUCACUCAUAUAAUCUUUCCUAGGUCCAUCCACUUAGCUGCAAAACUCAUGAUUUCAAUGUUCUUUACAGGGCAGCAAGUCAUCUAUUCAUUGUUCCUCAAAGAAAAACUUAAAGAAGAGAAACAGAAAGAAAUGGCUGAUUCUCCAGUAAGCAUGUCCCAGGGUCUGUUGACAUUCCGGGAUGUGACUGUGGACUUCCCCCAGGAGGAAUGGGAAUGCCUGGACUCUGCUCAGAGGGCUUUGUACAUUGAUGUGAUGUUGGAGAAUUACAGCAACCUGGUCUCUGUGGAGAACUAUUGCAAAUGUGACCCUAUGCAUCCACAUAUGAAGACUGAAAAGGAGUCUUGUCGGUGUUAUGAGCUUGGCAAAAUCGUUCAUCAAUCCUCCACAUGUGCACUUUAUGGAACAAGAGAAACUACAGAACACUCUAGUAACUACACAUGCAGUAAUCACAGGGAUGCCUCUACUGACUCAUCAAACCCAGAUGGACAUGAAAGCAUGCACACUGGAGAAGAACCUUGCAAAUCUGAAGACUAUGAGAAAUAUUUAAAUUUGUGUUCCAGCAUGACUCAAGAUCAGAGACCGUACACUGCAAAGAAGGAACACAGGCAGGAAGCAUAUGACACCUAUUUUGGCUCUGCAUACAGUCUUUUGCAACAAGCAGUUUACAUUGGAGAAAAACCAUACCAGUGUGGUAAAUGCAGGAAAUGUUUCAGUACCACCUCACGCCUCAUUGUACAUCAGAGAAUUCAUAGUGGAAAGAAACCCUACAAGUGCAGCCUUUGUGGCAAAUCCUAUAACCAGUGUGCAAAUCUUAGAAUACAUCAAAGACUUCAUACUGGGGAGAAACCUUACAAAUGCAAAGAAUGUGGAAAGUCAUUUCGACAGUCCUCAGCUCUUAAAAGCCAUCAGAAAAUACAUACUGGAGAGAAGCCUUACAAAUGUAAGGCAUGUAACAAAUCCUUUGCCCACCAUUCCAGUUUCAGGACACAUCAGAAAAUCCAUACUGCUGAGGAACAUUGUAGUUGCCAAGAAUGUGGCAAGGUCUUUCAUCAGCUUUCACACUUUAGAAGACAUUACAGACUCCAUACUGGAGAGAAGCCUUACAAAUGCAAUGAGUGUGACAGAUCCUUUACGCACUACUCAUCACUUAGAUGGCAUCAGAAAACUCAUUCUCUAGAGACAUUUUACAAAUGCAAAGACUGUGGUAAGUCCUUCCUUGAAUUAUCACAUCUUAAAAGGCAUUAUAGAAUCCAUACUGGUGAAAAGCCUUACAAAUGUGAGGUAUGUGACAAAUCCUUUACUGUGAACUCAACUCUUAAAACACAUCAAAAAAUUCAUACUGGGGAGAAACCUUACAAAUGUGUGGAAUGUGACAAAUCCUUUACCAAGUGCUCACAUCUUAGAAGACAUCAGAGUGUUCAUACUGGAGAGAGACCUUACAAAUGUAAAGAAUGUGAGAAAUCUUUUCCUGAGUGCUCAACUCUUAGAGAACAUCAGAAAAUUCAUACUGGAGAGAAACCUUAUAAAUGUGGAGUAUGUGACAAAUCCUUCAUCCAGCAAUCAAAUCUUAGAACACAUCAUAGAGUCCAUACUGGAGAGAGACCUUACAUAUGUAAGGAAUGUGGCAAAUCUUUAACUACACGCUCAACACUUAGAGCACAUCAGAAAAUUCAUACUGGAGAGAAACUUUACAAAUGUAUGGAAUGUGACAAAUCCUUUACUCAUAACUCACAUCUUAGAAUACAUCAGAGAAUUCAUACUGGAGAGAGACCUUACAGUUGUACAGAAUGUGGCAAAUCUUUUACUACAUGCACAUAUCUUAGAGCACAUCAGAAAAUUCAUACUGGAGAGAAACUCUACAAAUGCAAAGACUGUGACAUGGCCUUUCUCCGCAUUUCUAGUCUUAAAAUACAUCAGAAGAUUCAUACUGGAGAGAAACCUUACAAAUGCAAAGAUUGUGACAAGUCCUUUAAUCAGGUUUCAAAUCUUAGAAGACACCAGAAACUUCAUACUGGAGAGAGACCUUACAAAUGUCUGCAGUGUGACAAAUCCUUUACCCACAAGUCAAAUCUUAGAACACAUCAGAGAGUUCACACCGGAGAGAGACCUUACAGUUGUAAGGAAUGUGACAAAUCUUUUACAAGAUGCUCCUAUCUCAGAGCACAUCAGAAAAUUCAUACUGGAGAGAAACUUCACAAAUGCAAAGACUGUGACAUGUCCUAUAUCCACCUUUCAAAUCUUAGAAGACAUCAGAGAAUUCAUACUGGACAGAAAAAUACCGUUGUAAAUAAUAUGACAUAGCUUUUUUUUUUUAUUCUCUGCUUAUAAAUCCCAACAGUAUACAUAAUGGAAGCAUAAAGAAACUUGUGAAAGCCCUUAAUGAAGUUUUAAAUCUUAGAAAAUAUC